AUGGACGCGUUUAUUGUGAAUGCGUAUACACCAAUGGAGACGACUGAGAUAUGCUCCCGUGUCGGCACCGAAAAGGCCAAUAUGCGCGUCGACAAGAUCUUUAUCAGUGCCGUAGUCGCAGGCUGCUAUAUUGCGUUUUCGUCUUCCGUGUGCCUCGUCAUCAACACCUCACCAGGGAUGCAAGAGAGUGCGCCCGGUUAUGUUCGAAUGAUCUCUGCAUUGGUCUUUCCAUUGUCACUCGUCAUGAUUGUUCUGACGGGAACAGAUCUCUGCACGGGUAGCUUCAUGUAUACGACACUUGCCGCGCUUCAUCGUCGAAUCAGUACUCAGCAGAUGCUCAUGCAUUGGGCUCUGACGUUUUUCGGCAACUUGGCUGGCUCCCUUUUCAUCGUCGGCAUCGUCAUUGGCUAUGGAGGCGUGCUCGACAAUGAGCUAUACCGCGACCAAGCUAUCAAAUUUGCCGACGAAAGCGCGUAUACGCCAAUGUGGCACCAAAUCUUUCUUCGAGCCAUUUGCGCCAACUGGCUCGUGAGCCUCGCCUGCUGGCUCGCGUUCCAGGCGCGCGAUGUUGCGGGUAAAAUUGCCGCCAUCUGGUGGCCAGUCUUUGCCUUUGUGGCACUUGGCUUGGAUCACGUUGUCGCCAACAUGUGCUUCAUUCCUACAGCAAUCUUGCUCGGGAGCCCACGCAUUACCGUCAGCUACUACAUUUGGAAGUCAAUGACCCCAGCUUUGCUCGGCAACAUUGUGGGUGGUGGACUCUGUGUCGCCACUCUUCACUGGUAUCUGCAUCUCACAGGAACUAUGGAACCGAUACCUAUUGAUGGUCGUCUUUACAUUAAGAGUGUACCCUCAUUGAUGCCAGAAAAGGUGUAG